AUGCAUGAUGUGGGUUUGCCGCCGAGGGGGCUCCUGCUCCUGGGGGGCGUUGCUCUCCUGCUGGCUGCGGUGGGCUGCUCCGGCUCCUCCACCUGCUACCGGCUCCCCUUCUACCUGUGGGGCACUGGGCCCCGGCCGGGGCUUCCCGAGUUCAGCAUCUCGGGCUACGUGAGCAACCAGCUGUUCGUCAAGUAUGACAGCUUCACAAAAAGGGCUGUGCCCCAACUCCCUUGGAUGGGAGAGUUUGGGCAGGAGGACAGCUGGAUCUCAUGGACAAGAGAGUUUGUGCUCCAAGCGGACCUGGUGGCGCUGUGGGAUUGCUACAACCAGAAAAACAGCACAGGGCUCCACACCUGGCAAAACAUGUACAACUGCGAGGUGGGGCCGGACGGGCGGUUCAGAAGGGGGCAUUGGCAGUUCGCCCACGAUGGGGAGAACUUCAUCGCCCUGGACAUAAAGACCCUCACCUGGACGGGUCACGACGCGCCCCAGGACCCAGAGACCAGGAGGAAAUGGGAAGCCAAGACCCCAGAAGCCCAGUUCCAGAGGUCCUACCUGGAGGAGGAAUGUGUGGCGUGGCUGCAGAAGUACCUGGACUAUGGCAAGGAGACCCUCGUGAGGACAGAGCGGCCAGUGGUGAGGGUGGCACGCAACAAGGGCCAUGAUGGCCAGGAGACCCUCAUCUGUCACCUCUACGGCUUCUACCCCAAGGUGAUCUACGCCACCUGGAUGAAGGACAGGGAGCACCGGACGCUGGACACAUUUACGGAAGGUUCCCUCCCCAACUUGGAUGGGACUUACUACACAUGGCUCAGCAUCGAAGUUGACCCCAAGGAGAGGGACCUCUACCGGUGCCACGUGGAACACCACAGCCUCGCGGAGCCCCUGGACUUGGCCUGGGAGGAGCCAGAUCAGCUGUUUUCUUUCCUCUCUAAGCGGAUGCCGGCCAAGCACAUAAGCUCUUCUCUCCGGGGAAGGUUAACUCCUAACCUUCCUGACUCUCUGUACCAAGCAGCAUUUUACAAAACCUGCUUUUCUUUGCAAUCCGUCACAGAGGGUGAUAGCAACCAGAGUUCUUAUACCUCCACCCCUGGCUAUAGCGACCUGGUGUCUGAGAGCUCCAAGUAAAAGCACUUGUGAGAAGAAAUCCCGGGGAAUCGAGCGACUCACCUGUAUGUCAAGGAGUCCAACGCUGAACCCAGGGCAAUUGUACACCACCAG